CCUCGUGAUAUACAGUAAGUUGACAUCAGCAUCACAGGCUUUAACCUAAUUCUUCUCAAUGUAAAAUGGAGAGGAAAUAUCCAAAAAAAGGAGAAAAAAGUCCUCAAGACUAAAUGAUUACUGUACUUUGACUUAGAAACCACUUCAAAGAAACUAUCAUUUGAGUUUAGUAAAUGGCUAUUGUGCUUAAGGUCCAAGUGUCUUAGUUUUUUUUUUUUUUUUUGACAUUUUCACCAUGAAGAUUUUAUUUUAGUUUCUAUUAGGGAUGCACCUAUAACACUUUUACCUGAGAUCGUAGACAAAGGCAGGGGAAGUGCAGAGAUAUAAGCACUAAGCUAAAGCUAACACCGCUGGCUCUCUUUAGCCAACAUUUUCCUCGCUAAUGUACGGUGAACAAAUGGAUGAGAACGACUUUGCAUAUCCCACAGUAAGAGACUUUUGGAUUGCAAUAUCAUGGUUUCACAGAAACAUGGCUACACAGCAACGUCCUCAAUAGCAGCUUAGACUUUUAGUUAUUGAAAUAUGUUCUCAGGGCAGCAUUGCAUCUUAUUGGUUCUCUCAGUCAUCCAAUCAGCGACAGCAGGAGGCGGGACAUGGAUUAUUUGAAUUUUUUUUCUCAGGACGCGGGAGACAGACAUCACACUAAGGAGAUCGUUGCAGUUAAGAUUAUGGAGCAGCUAUGGAUCGAGGGCAUCCGAAGGAAACUGAGAAUAGAAAAAGAUUCACGUGUUUCCACAGAUAUCAAAAUUGUUUGUGGGGAAAAGAAAACGGAGUUUAUGGUAAACUAUAUAGAAGAACUACAGAAGAAAACAAAGACCUUUUUCUUGGCAGCAAAACAGAGCAGCAAAAAUUAUUAUUUCCAUGCCUGUGAAAGUGGCAACAAACCAACAGGAAAAAGCAUGGGCAAGGCAUGUGAAACAAGGGCCAAUUCCUGUGAAGCCUAUGUGUCGUUUAAAUUUAUAGAGGAGACCGGUUUCACAGCAGUAGUAGUUCGGCAGCAAUUAACACACACAGGACAUGAUUUGUCAAACCCUGAAGAGAGGAAGAAAAAUGCAAUUAAUCCAGAAUUGUUAGGAUUUGUCGAAAUAUGGCUCACACAAGGUCUAUCCAUAUCACAGAUUGUCAUAAAAAGUUGUGAUUGGGCAUGUAGUCGGGGUUACACCGAUAAGCAUGAAAGACGUUUCUUCCUAACUCCAGAAGAUGUAAGGUUGGUAAAACGCCAUCUCCGAAUCUUCACUUUGCCGGACAUUAAUGAUGCUGUUAGUGUGAAAAAGCUGGUGACAGGUGAACUGAAAGAAAAUAUUUGCUUUUUUCAACCUUUGACAAAAGACCAGCCACUGGUUAUUGUUGUCCAGACACCACAACAGAAGGCUCUACUCCAAGAGAACCCCCACCCCAUGUUUUUUAUGGACGCAUCCUACAAAGGUUUGACAUCAUAUGGGUAUGCACUGUAUGACCUUGUACUUGUCAAUCAAACUGGAAGAGGAGUGCCAUUUGCGUACCUAAUAAUGAGCCAGGAAUCCUCAGCAAUAGUUGCGCUUUGCUUGAACAUGCUUUGUUCAAGAAAUCCAAAAUUUUACCCAAGGUCAGUUAUGAUCGACAGAGACUUAAAAGAGCUCAAUGCCAUAAGAGAAGUUUUCCCCAAAACCAAAGUUCUCCUCUGUUGGUUUCAUGUUCUCCAGGCUGUACAUCGCUGGGUUACAUCAAGAGAUGGUGGGAACCUGUCACCUGACCAAAGACAUGUCGUCAUUCAUGCCAUGACCUUAAUGAAAGCUUGCAUAACGGAGGAAGAUUUUGUGACAGUUUCCACUAGCGUGUGCAAUGACCUUGGCAGCAAUCGAGUGACAACAUACCUGAAGGUGCUCUGGCUUCCACUGGCUUCCCGCACUAUGGGCCAAUUUUGGACGACUAUUUGAGCACAACAACAGCGACACCAACAACAAGGCAGAGAGGUUUUUUCUUGCGCUUAAAUACCAGUUCCUAAGGGGAGAGGCAAACAGAAGAGUUGAUCAACUUCUUCACUUGCUAUGUGGUGAUAUUCAAAAAUAUUAUUGCUACCUGGACGACUUGGCAGACGCAGGAAGACUGAGUAUCUCCUCGUCAGCAUCAACAUCUUCAGCAGCCAAGAACACAGUGGGACAGCAGAUCCUGACAAAUGAGCAAGGAAUGUGCUCUGUGCAAACAAGGGCAGGGCCCAACUCAGAUUCAACUUGGAAUACUGUGGAUCUAGUCAAGAUGCAGUGUGACUGUGGAUUGUAUGAUAAGGGAAAUGUAUGCACACAUAUUGUCUCCGCAUACACUGAAGCACAGAAAUGUAUUGAUAUUGCACAGCUACGUGCUGACAUGGCUAGAGAUAUUGUUGCCAAAAACCAGUACCACAUUGAUGGUGAUUUCAUUACUGUUCACCCCACUGAUGUAAGUGCCACAUUUGUAUUUACUGGUGAUCCUGCCUUUUGUACCUGUACUGUCAACAGUUACGGUCAAAAGUGUGUGUGCUUACAUGUUGCUGACUGCCUGCAAACUACCAACAAUUCACAUGUCCCACUGAUGGAAACGAAAAUCUGUUUGUGCCAACAAAUGUAACUGCAGAAGUUCAACUUCAGUCUAUGUUGACAGAUGUACUGGAGUGGAGCAAAUCAGAAAAUUACAUGUAUAGUAGUGACCUGUACACUACAGUGAAGAGGGCACACACAGUGGCCUUCAAUCGUUUUGGCAUUGUGUCAAGAAAACGAAAAAUACAUGCACUUCAUGCUUAUCGCCAGCGGAUAGAGCAAGCCAAACGAGAGCUUUUCAAAAAGCGCAAAACAAGAAGAUACAAGCGCUAAAUAAUAAUAAUAAACAGAUUUAACCAAAAAA